CCUGCCUGCACAGGUGGCGAUGGAGGAGCAGGCGCUGGACAGUGACGAGCAGAUCAACGUUCGCUGGGCGUACGACGACCCGAACCCGCGCGCCCAGGCUGUCAAGCUGCGCAACGCCGCGCAGCAGAUGCUCGCCGCCAUGGAGAAAAAGGGCGGGCUCUUCCUAGACACUUCCUAGACACUUCCUAGACACUUCCUAGACAUGCUCGCCGCCAUGGAGUAGAAGGGCGGGCUCGACCCGCCGCCGGUCUCGGCUCAUCUCGGCGCAUCUCGGCUCACCUCGGCGCCCGUCACUCUCCAGGUGAGCUCGACGCGCCGGCGCAGUACCCGGACGCCUCCAGCGUGCCCGACGGCGACGGCUCGCUCGAGGCGCACGCGACAGCCGCGACCCGCCACGCCUCCCAACCUGCAGCACUCGCCCACGCGUGGGGACACUUCCUAGACACUCCCUAGACACUCCCUAGACACCUCCUCGACACCUCCUCGACACCUCCUCGACACCUCCUCGACACCUCCUCGACACCUCCUCGACACCUCCUCGACACCUCCUCGACACCUCCUCGACACCUCCUCGACACCCCGCGACGCCGCCCGUGACUCUGCCGCUCAGGCGCUGCAGAUGGUGACCGUGGAAUCUCGGCUCACCUCGGCUCACCUCGGCUCAUCUCGGCUCAUCUCGGGGACAGGAGCUCGAGAUGUCGCAGCUAGCAGAGCACCAUGCGGCGGAGCCACCAGCAAAGCGGCAGAUGCUUGGCGGCGGCGCCGCCGGCAGCGCGGCGGACGGCGCGGCGAGCGUGGGGUACCGCGCAAUGACGAGGGAGGAGCACAUGGCGGCGGCGGCGGCGGAGGCGAAGGCCGCGGCUGCGGCGGCGGAGCGCGCGGCUGCCGACGCCGCUGAGGCCGAGCGGUCGGCGGAGCAGCAGGCGGUUGCCGCGUCCGCCUCGAGGCUCGACGCCAUCCUGGAUGGCUUGCCCGGAGACGCCGCCGAGGGCGAGGCUGGCGCCGACCCAGCUGGCGCCGACCCCUACGCAGAAUUCAUCGAGAGCGUCGGCGGCGGCGGCGGCGGCGGCGGGGCGGACGGCGGCGCGGCGCGGCUAGAGGCGGACGCGGCGCACGAUCUCCCGCCCGGCAUCAUGCAGCCGAAGCUGCCCGACGGCUGGAGGGAGUACCAGGACCCCGCCACUGGCCACAACUACUACGUGCACGAGGAGAGCGGCGCGUCGAGCUGGUCUCGGCCCAGCCAGGCGGGUAGCUAGCCAGCCGAGCCAGGGGUGCGGCGGUCGCUGCGCUUCCCGGAUGAUGCGCGCGAGGCCUCCCAGAGGCCCCGCGGCGCGAGCCCUCACCCACUGACGUUCGCGGUUCGGCGUUCGGUCACGGUGGGCGCCAGGCAGGGUUUAAGAUCUAGGGAGGUUGACUGUGCAUGUGGGAGAGGAGGGCAGCCGGCUCGGCUGUGCGAGAGAGCCGUGAGAGCUCAUACGAAAAAGGCAAGGCGGC